CGUCCCUCUGAGUUGUCCUUUUCGCACAAGCUGUAUCUUGAAUUCUUUCAAUUUAAAGUUACAAAAACAAAAACUGUAUUUAUGUAAACAGGAUAUGUAUUUACUUGUUUCGAGUAAUCUUUACUAGUAUUAAUUACACGAGAGACUGCUUAGAUUUUUAAGAAAAUGAUAUUAGUAGGGCGAGGCGGUCUAUUUCUUUUUGAACUCGAAAAUUUCGAGAAUAACGCGUCGCAAAGCAUUUGUGACACAUUUUAGUGCAAGUUUAUAGUGUAAAGUGUAAAAAUGGACAAGAAAAACAAGAAGAAAAUUGUGAUUAAGCGGAAAUGUGACGAUUCGCACGAAGGGGACAAAAAGGCUAAAAUAAUGUUGAAUCGUAAGGAAGAGGAGAAAGACAAGGUGGAAGUGAACCAGAUAGUGGAGGUCCCGGUGGAGCAGGGGCAGCAGAUCGUCCACACCGGUCAGCUGGUGGAGGGAAACUUCGAGCAACCCGUCUUUGUCAACAUGAAAGGCGAACCAGUCCAACUAGGUCCGAACACGGUGAUACUCUACGAACAGAGCGGUAACCCGUCAAACUUUGCGUUUGGCGGGAUGUGGACAAUGGACCAGUCGGGUCGGAUUGUGAUGGCCGAGGGCAUCUACGACGUGAAGGGGGAGCCUGAAGAGGAAGGAGGGACCUUUGUUCAGAACACCACUGAAGUCAGCAAUCAACAAGUGGAGGAGCAGACAACGACGUACCAGCAGUACGAGCUCAGCAAUAGCCAGGUGGACGGCCAGCAGGAGUACGAGGUCGCCAUCAUCGAGAACCCUGCCGGCGAGGCUGAUCGACCAACUGAGGGCCAAAUCGUGACGACAGAAGAACAGCUGGUGGCUACGGGCACCGGCGCCGUGCGCUGGCUCAACCAGAAAUAUGACUUCGUCGUCAGGAAGCUGCAGCUGAACUAUGACGCGGGUGUGAAGCUGCUACACUCUGCUUCCGGGUGCAUCCAGUGCGUGUACCUGACGACGCCGAGCAUGCAGCUGGCAUUCAACGCUGUGCCACAGUUCCUAUGCAUCGAGACUGGUAUAGAGUUCAACAGUCAGAUACCCGUGGUGGGCGGCGGUAUGAGUCCCAGUGUGAAACAGAACGUGACGCUAUUCCUGGCUGAAGAUGGAAACGGCAAGUCGGUCAUCGUGAGUGCUGGCAUAUCAACGUUAAUAGGAGAAGAUCUGUCUUGGUUGUUGGAGACGUUUAAGUCGUGCAACCCUGCUUGGAGACAGGUGCGGUGCGUCGUCGCAGACCCCACCAAGUGUCAACAGUCGGUCCGCGCGGCGUUCCCGGCGGCGCACGUGUCGUGCUCGGUGUGGCAGGCGGCGCGCGCGUGCGGGCGCGCAUGCGCGGAGGCGGCGCGGCGCGACGCGCCCCCCGCGCCCGCCGCGCCCGGCGCGCCCGCCGCGCCGCUGCUGGCCGACGACGUGGCCGCGCGCUGCAAGACCUACGCGCUGGCUGCGCUGCGAGGCGAGCACACGCCCGCGCAGCUGCAGGUUUUGAAGCGCGGCAUAAUAGGCACUCGCGCUGGGUCGCUGCGGCUGUGGGAGGCGCUGACGCGGCCUGGAGGCGCCGUCACCAAGCUGGACACCUGGAUCGAGGCGGACAACUACACCAACAUACUGCACAAGGGCCUGGAGCGGCUGGUGACGAAAUUCCACUCCAUGAUGCGCAGCCAGAUGCAGCCGGACGAGUUCGUGUCCUUGUUCUUCGACGUGGCCAACCAGCUCGAGGACGAGCGGAGGGUGUUCGCCAUCAGCCGGCUGAGGGAUACGGAGACACUGAAGCAGUCCCCGACGGACACCAUCACGCAGUACGCGUACAACCUGAUGAGCCACCAGACCAAACUCGCGCAGAAGUGCCUCGACGACCGGGCUGGCCGGCGCCACAGUAGCGCGGCCAUCUGCAAGUACGGCACCUCGACCCAGGAGUGUUCGUGCCUGUUCAGCAAGGUGUUCCGGCUGCCCUGCCGGCACAUACUGAUGCUCACCACUGAGCUCAAGGUGAAGACCCACAUCCCGUUCGAGCCGAGGUGGACCGUGCAGCACUGCCUGUUUGGCUGCGAGAACAACACUGCCACCACCACCGCCAAUAACUCUGGAGGCAGUACGUUCAUGGAGCAGGUGGUGGUGGAGGACAACCAACACCGACAGACUAUACAGCAACCUCAGCAGAUACACCAGGUGAGCGGCGUGCGGCAGCAGCAGUACGUGCUGGCGACCCCCGGGCAGCCGGCCACGCCGGUGUCGCAGGUGAUCUUCUGCGGCGGCGGCGUGGGCGCCGUGGGCGGCGUGGGCGGCGCGCCCGUCAUCACGUCCGUGCUGCCGCCCGGCGGCGCCGUGCUCACGCCGCACCACGCCAUGCACCAGUAGCGGGCCGCGGGUGCCACCACCACAACGGAAUGGGGGGGGGGGGGGGAUUGACAGGCGCAGGCGCAUAUGUGAUGCCGGAUACCCUCGGAGGAGUAGGCAGACAUGUAUGGAAUACACUAGUAUUAAGGGGAGAAUAGGACAUGAGGGGGGAUAGUCCGUCGUCCAUAACAAUUACCCAUCAUCCCAAAAAAUAGAAAUCAGUCCCUCUGUCUCAUUUAACGACAUGCCCAGGAAGGAAAGCAGCUGAAUGUUUUCUACAUGUAACUUAAAUAUUACACGGGAUUUGAAGAAAGCUGGCGUGGGUGUUAUACUAUACACGUCUGUCUACCCCUUUGGGGAUGCAGGCGUGAUGCUACGCUAUGAUUCCGGUGGAGUAGAAAGGUGAUGUCUGUCUACCUUUAUCUUUCCAAUCGAGUCUACAUUCAUAUGUACAUUGACGAUAUGUAGCGAUAUUCAUGUAUUCACUGUAUCGUUCGAAAGGUUAUCAAUGAGGAUAAAAACUAGAAGCUCAAAUGUAGGUGGCAGCACUGUUGAGUGUUCCUAAAUGUUGACAGUUCUCCAUACUGGUCCUAAUUCUUGUAAACACUAUCUAAUGUUACUUUAAGUUAUACCUGUCAUUUUCUUAUCCGCCGAAAAGGAAAGGGACGGGUGAUCGACAAGCAUAAAAUUUAUUGGAACACAUUACAUAAAAUUUUAGCAUUGGACCAUAACCCGACGGAAUUAAGUUGACAGCACACGUCAAACGGUUUGCAUACCAGCGAGAUACCUUUUUGAUUCGCCCGGGUUAUUCAUUCAUUUACUCAUUCUUCCUAAAAUUAAGAGCUGUCAAUCAUCCGUCCCUUUCUUUUUCGGCGGAUAAGAAAAUGACGGGUAUAAUUUAAAGUAAAAGGGUGGAGGUGUCUGCAGGAAUCGGGGCCAUUGUCCAGUUAAAAUUCGUGAUAAAUUGCUAUACAAUGUGGACCAACGUGGAGUGUAUCCCGUCUGAAGGAUGAGUUACGAAAAAGAAAGCCAUCAGUUGGAAAAAGGCAGUUUUGAUCGAAAAUGAGCUUUUCAGGGUGUUAGUAGCAUCGUAACGAAAACUUUGAGGGGUGAUUGAGGCCAUGAUUCUGAGUUGAUAUCAAGUGUAAUUUUCCAUCGCAAAAGUAUAGAAUUGAAAAUAAUAGUAAAAAACUAAAAAAAAAAUAUGAAUUUUGCGACGAAAAAUUCCACUUGAUAUUAACUCAGAAUCAUGGUCUGAAUCAUCCCCCUGAGUAUUCGUUACGAUGUCACUAACACCCUGUAACACCUUGUAACACUAUGAUUUUGCAGUUAAUCGCUUCGCAAAGGGUUAUAGUGUAAAAAUAUAACCAAAAACAAUAUGUUUGUUUACUCAAACAGUAUGGGGAACUGUCAAAAUUUAAGAACACUCAACAGUUAAUUAAGGCCACAUCGAAGCAAUUCUUCUAUAGAAGCAAUAUUGUAAUUUGAAAUUUGCGCAUAUAAAAGUAAGUGCGCAAAGCAAACAAAUGUCAAAAUAGUAAUUUGGUAUUAUAUUAUAAUGUAUGUACACCAUUAACACAUGUUUAUGGAACACGAUGUUCGUGCGUCACCCAACAGGGUCCACAUAAUAUCAGCGUCGUGGUUCACGCCGCGACUUGUGCUGAGUGAGGCCCUUUUAUCUCAGGACGUCCACCACCACCUUAUGAUCAUUUCGACAAACAUCCGUCUUGCUUUUUUGUAAUUGUUUUAGUGGAAAUUUGAUAUGAUGUUGUUGGCUUUUUUGUGUGUGUGGCGCCCUUUUAUAAUAAACUAUUGCUUUUUUAGGUGAAUUGCUUCGAUGUGGGCUUUUUAACCCUCCUGAUGGGAGUAAUAGGCAGUUUUUAUUCUCAUUGGUUCUUUACACCCGUACUCUAAGAUAUUAACUCCAACUUUCCGUGACUCCGUUGUCAGUUGAGGUGCCCGGAAGACCUCGAACUUAGCUCAAAAUCUGUAUUCUUAGGGUGGUAUUAAUAAACUUAACUCAGCUUUGAGACCGCCCCCAAGAUCAUGUCAAUGUGACAGUUCUCAUAUAAAAACAUGGACUUGAGCAUGAUCUUGAGGGCAGUCUCAGCUGAGAUUAGUUUAUUAAUACCACCCUUAGACGUCGCCGCAACCGUAACUAAUUUACUCCAGUGAGCCAUGACAUCAUUAUUUUCGUAUUAUUAUGUUGGCAGUAUGAUAUGUUCGAGGACACCCACAUCCCCGAGAAAUGCAUUUUCGGAGGUAUGUGACCUAACCUGUAUUGGGCUGGUUUUCCCUUCGCGGGUUGGAAGGUCAGACAGGCAGUCGCUUCUGUAAAAAACCGGACCUGUCAAAUCGUCAGGUUAGGUAAGCGGACCCUGUGGAAAACGGGACAAUGUUAAGGGUAUGAUAUGAUAUGAGGAGCUCGGUGGCGCAGCGGUAAACGCGCUCGGUCUGCGAUUGUUGAAGUUAAGCAACUUUCGCAAAGGCCGGUCAUAGGAUGGGUGGCCCACAAAAAAAAAGUUUUCAUCUCGAGCUCCUCCGUGCUUCGGAAGGCACGUUAAGCCGUUGGUCCCGGCUGCAUUAGCAGUCGUUAAUAACCACCAAUCCGCACUGGGCCCGCGUGGUGGUUUAAGGCCCGAUCUCCCUACCCAUCCAUAGGGAAGGCCCGUGCCCCAGCAGUGGGGACGUUAAUGGGCUGAUGAUGAUUAGUAUGACAUGCUCGACUCCAGUGAGUAAAGUCCUCAAGUCGAGGUCGUAAAUGUCAACUUAGAAUACCAAAAUGCUCAGCUGAGGACGAGUGGAGGAAGUUUCGAGUGAACGUUCACGAGUACUAAUAUGUAUACAAUUUAAAACCAUGUCACAUUAACCGUUUUGACAAAUUAAACCAUAAAUCUCGUUAAAUAUCAAAUAUGAUAGUGCGACAGGGUUCUAAAGUGGGUACAUGAUAUUGCUCAUGACUGAACAUCUUAGAAUGCGGGAAUCAAAGUAUCAGGUCAAGACGUAUGAAGACAUAGUAUUUAUGUGCAUCGGAUUGUAACUAAUUAUAACAGACUAGUUUCCAACCACUCAAAUCAGUUACUUUUUCACAAACGUCAAUACACGAAAUUACUAUGGAAUUUGUGUGAAAAAGCACACUGUGACGUCAUAGAAAGACGUGACACAAUGUCGCACUUAUUAUAACAUUUUUCUUUAUUAAAAUUCAUAAAUAAGUUGAAUAGAAAAAGGAAAACGUUUUCUGUCACCUUUAGAUCUGUCUUUAUUUAGUAAACAUAAUUUCAUAAUUUAUCUUUGACCUAAGAAACUGGCAAGUUAGCAAAGAUUUUUCGGUUGUCGAAAUAAAAGCGACCGGUGAACGGAACACGGUAUUUGACUGGGUCAAAGAUAAAUUAUAAAAUGCUAAUCUAGAAAUAAGGCACCCAACAGGGUCCACAUAAUACCAGCGUCGUGGUUCACGCCGCGACUUGUGCUGAGUGAGGCCCUUUUAUCUCAGGGCGUCCACUUCCACCUUAUGAUCACUCUAAUUAACAUCCUCUACCUAAUUGUUUUGUGAAAAUUUUCAAGUGAUGUUAUUGUCUUUUCUUUCUGUGUGGCGUCCUUUUAUAAUUAACGAUUUCUAUUCUAUUCUAAAUAGAAGCCAAUGUAAGAUAAUCAAAAAUCAAUCUCAUUUUACUUUUCGAUUUUUAUUUAUGAAUUAACGUCACAGGACAGUAUUUCCGUACAAAUUCCAAAGAAAGCUUUCGUUUUGACGUUUCGUAAAAAGUAUCCCAUUUGACUAGGUUGUCAAGUCAACCCGCGAAAAGAAAACCAGCCCGAUACAAGUUAGGUUACACACCUCCGAAAAUGCAUUUCUCGGGAAUGUGGGUUUCCUCACGAUGUUUUCCUUCACCGUUGACCACGUGAUAAUCAUUUAUGACGCAAACAUGUAUUCGAAAUUCUACAAUCGUUGCUUUAGGCCUGUGCUGGAUUCGAACCUGCGACUUCAAAGUGAGAGGCAAGCGUUCUACCAACUGGGCUACCACGGCUGGCUUAUACAAACCGAUGCAUAUAAAUGUGAAGUUAGGCUAAUAGUUUAAGUAUGUAAAUAUAUUUUUAUAAGGAAGUAAA